AUGUCCGUAGAACCCAUUGCCUCUAGGGUCGCAGACUUUCUACAAGUCGACCAGCAACUGAUACAAGACAUUAAUAAUGAUGUUUUAGGUAGGAUUGAGGAGAAGUUGGAAGAUCUUCGGAAACAAAAAUCUGAAAACCUAAGAAUAACUGCUACCUUGGAUCAAUUAAAAUCUCAAUCAGAGAACAAACUAGAAUCAUUCAAAAUUCACAUCUCUCAACUAGCCAAGGCAUUGGAAGAUGGGAAGGAUGAGCGCUUACACUUUGAAGAAGAGAAAAGGCGUCUAAUUGAAGGAAAUUCACAAGUGACCAAAAGAAUCAUAGAAUUGGAACAAGAAAUAGAAGUAGAGAGGCAACAAAAAGAACUUGCUGACGCUUCUAAGCAAGAUAUUGCAGAGUCACUAAACGAAAAAAUUGAAGAACUCAGUUCUACCAAAGCUAAAUUGAAUGAAGCACAGGGAGCGAAUAAGGAACUUAGACAAAAAGUCGUCAAUACUGAAACUGAGCUACAAACUCAGCAGGCCUUAGAGCUACGUUCGAAAAGCGAGAUUUUAAGGAUGGAACAAGAAAUCACAUUAUUGAGAGAAAACAAUGACUGGUUGACCAAUCAGUUAAAUACCAAGACCGUACAACUCAAUGAGUUUAGAGAAAGCACAAUUAGUGAAUUACAAGAUUCUCAGUUAAAGGUAUCGAAUAUGGAAUCAGAGUUGGAAAUAGCUCGAACCAGUAAUCAGAAACUAAAACAAUCGGUACACAGUUUACAUGAACAACUGGAGCAAAAACUUUCCGAGAACAAAGAAAUUAAAGAUGAGUACAAUUUCUCUAAACAAGAGCUUACGAAAGAGAUGUCUUUAAAGCAGAGAAUGAUUGAUGCUCUAGAGAAACAUAUGGAAUCAUUGAAGAAAGAAAUGGAUGCUACAAAGAAUAACAUGGACUCAUCAUAUUUCACCGAAAAAGAAAGAGACGAGCUCAUUGAAGAGCUCAAUGCGGUCAAAUAUCGUUUAGACGCAUCUGAAUCUAACUGCAUAAAACUUAAGGAGACAAUCGAUGAAUUAACAUCCAACAUAAAAUUAGAAGACUCCGAAGUUGGUAAUACCACUGCGUCUUCAGAAAAAUCGGUUUCUGUCAUACCUAAGUUAUAUGGUGAUUUGGGAAUGCUCAAAAAACAGCUGGUUAUUGAGAAAAGACAAAAAGACGAGUUAAAAAUGCAAGUGGAAGCAUUCGUUGUUGAAUUAGAGCAUAAAAUCCCUGUUCUCAAUUCCUUCAAAGAGAGAAGUGAAAUGCUUGAAAGAGAGUUAAAUGAGGUUACUAUUUUGUUAGAGUCAACUGGCAAAGACCGUGAUCAAAAGUCGUCACAACUUGAUUAUUUGAAAGCUACUGUGAAAAGCUAUGAGACUCAAAUAGCCUCCCUAUCUAAGCAACGUGUUGACCUUGCCCAUCAGAUACAGUACUUACUCGUGAACGAAUCUAUUAAGUCAGAGGAUGGCGGACCAUUAUCCGCUGAAGAAUUGCAAUUUGUCAAAAAUCUAACCAACUCUCAAGAAAUAACAAAGACCUCUGACACUCAAGGCAUUAUAACCGAUCGACUAGUAGAAUUUAGAUCAGUAGUUGAGUUGCAGCAGAAAAACUCCGAACUUCUUUCUACAAUUCGCAAUCUUGCUGAUGAAUUAGAACGCAGGGAAGCUGAAAACAAAUCUCAAAUCCAGGUAUUAGAGGAUGAAACGGUGAGAGAGGCAAAAGAAACCAUUCUUACACUUCAUGAUCAUGCACAGAACCUUGAAAACCAACUAGUCAUUCUAUCAAAGGAGAGGGACGCAUACAAGGCAUUGUCAGUAAAUGCUAGCUCUGGCACAAACACACCUAAGGCCAUUACUUACCCUUCUCCUGAUAAUGACGAUAAAGUGAAGGAUCUCGAAACAAGACUCACCGCUGUCAUUCAAGAAGCAGAGAAUAAUGCCAAGGAAUGGUCAUCAGAAAACAGCAACCUGCGUAAGAAAUUAUAUGAAAUAUCACUUAAUUUCGAAUCUGAGAAAACUUCACGUACUCUUGCAGAAGAUAGGUUAAAUCUAUUACAAUCAACUUUAGAGCUUUCCAAACGCCAAUGUGAGGAGCUACAAAAAAGAUCAUCUGAUCUACAAGAUAUUUUAACAAAACAGGACAAACGUACACAGGAGACUGUAGAUUCCUUAAUCAAAACGAAAUCCACUUUGUCAUCUAUACAAUCGGAACUAUCCAUCUUGAAGUCUGAAAAACAGUUUAUGGCAAAGGUUCAAAAGGAACUGAAGGCAGAGAACGAAAGAUUUUCCAAAGAAAGUGUCGAAUACAAGGUGUUAAUUGCGCAACUUCAGACACUCCAACGUGAGAGAGAAAUGUUACUCAAGGAAACUCAGAAUUCUUAUAAGGAAAAGCUUAGAAAAUUGGAAAUUGAGUUGUCUGGUUCACUCGAACGCCUUGAAGAAAUUGAAAAAAACACCACAGGAAUUGCUAGCAAUAAAGAGCAUCAAUAUAAUUGGUUUCAAGAAAAGAUUGAUAAGUUAACUAGUGAGGCAGCUCAACAGAAAACGACCUUAGAAGAAAAAGAAGCUCAACUUCAGAAAAUGCAAUCCACUAUCAAUGAACAAUCCGCAAAACUCAAGGAGGCCGAGGCACGGGCACAAUCAUAUACGAUGUUAAGUAAUGUCGAUGAUGCUCAAAACCUAGUUGAGACUUUGAGACAGGAAUUGGAAAAGGUUAACUUGCAACUUUCUGAUUCAUAUUCACAAAUAGAGCAUCAUAAAACUCUGGCGGAACAGUCCGUGCAAUCCGUUAAUGAAGUAAGCCAGGCCUUUGAAGAGGCCCAGAAGGAAUCUCAGAAGACAAUAAUCACUCUAGAAAACGAAAGAAAUCAAUUACAGAGUACUGUCAAUAUUCUCAACGAUCAGGUGAAAGACCUGAAUAACGAAAUUUUCCAUCAAAAAUCAGAAUACCAAACUGAGAGGAACGCAACAAUGGAAGAAAUCAGUAAGCUUCAGAUGGUGAAAGAAUCUGUGGAUCGAACUAAGGCUGACUACGAAGAAAAAAUUGCAAUGAUUCAGAAAGAUCUAGAAAUGCAAACGCAAUAUGCAAAUGAGAGUCAACGGAGCUACGAACUUGAAUUGCAAAAGCAUGCAGAUGUCUCUAAAACUAUUACGUCCCUAAGAACUGAGGCGCAAAGCUAUAAAUCUGAUCUAGAGACACUUAAAACCCAAUCCCAACUGGCUAUGGAGAACUUGAAGAAUAGCGAAAAAUUAUGGAAUGAACAGAAGACUGAGUACGAAGAUAAACUGUCCGUUUUGGAGCAACGAGUCCAAGAACUAUCAACCCAAAAUAAGCUCCUGUACGACCAAAUUGAAUUGCUAAACAAGACUGAAGAUCGUGACAACUCUCAUGAUUCAAGUGACUUGUUAAUCAGCUUGCGCCGUGAAAGAGACAUGCUAGAAACUAAACUAGAAGUUGCAUUGAGCGAGCAAACGGUUCUAAAACAACGCCUUGAUAUAGCAAAAUCAGAAAUUGAAGAUUUGAAUACUCAAUUAUCUCAAGUUAAGAAUAGUUCCAGUGAAAGCGCUCAUUUGCUAGAGCAGCAAGAAAAUAUAAUGAAAGAACUUGACCAACUGCACUUGUUAAGAGAAAGUAACGUUACACUAAGAUCUGAAAAUAGUUCAUUCAAGAAAGAAUGUGACAAUCUAAAGUCGCAAUUGCAAGAAUGUAAUGAUAGGCUGGCGCCACUACAGUCGUCCAUUUCCUCUUUGCAAAAUGGUAUCAAAAUUAAAGAACAGGAACUCAUUCAAUCGAAAGAAGAAGCAGAACGGUGGAAAAGCCGUUCUCAAGAUAUCUUACAUAAAUAUGAACGUAUUGAUCCUGAAGAACAUGGUAAACUAAAGGAGGAAAUUAACGAUGUUAAAAAUGAACUGCAAACUACCAAGGAUACUUUGCAAAGCGUCAUUGCCGAGAAAGAUGACUGGGAAUCGAAGUUCCAAAGAAUUAGGCUUCAAGCACGUGAUAGAUUGAAUGCCUCCAAGGAAAAGGAACAAUCUUUAUCAUCAGAAAUAAACCAAAUCAAUGAAGCUAAAUCUCAAGUGGAGGCCGAUUUAGGAAAAUGUAAGACCGCUUGCAAAGAGUUAGAAGAAAGAUUACAAGUGGUAACGCAAGAAGCAGAAACAAAGGAACAGACUUUUAACUCUCAAUUAUCUAAAUUGCAGGAAGAUCUACAUUCUAUUCAGGUUCAAAUGGAAAAUGCUUCCAAGACCGAACAGAAUAAUGCAGAUUCAGAUGAAAAAAUAAAAUCGUUGACUGAGACUGUGGAAAUGUUAAAUAGUAAAAUACAGGAGCUUGAAGCCGAAGCCUCCAACGCUCAAAAAAUAGUAGCUGAACAUCAUACGCCAGUUAUCAACGAAGACACGAAGUCAAUAGUGGAUAAUUUGAAAACAGAAUUUGAAGCUGAAAAAGAACAAUUAAUAAAAGAUAAAGAAAAAGAAUUGAGGAGCAAGUUUGAGGCAGAAAAAGAAUCUGCUUGGAAUUCCAGAGAGGAAGAGCUCCGGAAACAGUUUGAAGAAAGAGAAAAGAGAAUUCGUGAAGAGUGCGAAAAGACUACUGUCCAGUCUCCUUCGCAGCCUACCUUGGAUAUAGACAUCGAUGCUUUGAAGAAUGAAUGGGAAAAAGAAUAUGAGAAGCAGACUCUGGAAAAAAUUAAAUUAGCAGAAGAAGCCCUCAAGAAACGGAUCAGGUUACCUACUCAACAAAAGAUUGAUAAAAUAGUUGAGGCAAGAAAAGCUGUUUUAGAAGAGUCCUUUGAAGAAAAGGUAAACGAAAAGGCCCAAAAAUUGGCAGGAGAGAUCGGAAAUGAUGCCAUUACUCUAGAAAAGCAUCGUGCAGAAUUGAAUGCACUUAAGGAUUCCAUGCGUAAGCAAUUUGAAGCAGAUUUGGCAGAAAUAAAACAAAAAUCUUUCGAAGAAGGGAAACAGCAAGUUUCCUUGAAAUUGAAAUUUUUGGAAAGCAAGAUCAGGAAUUUAGAACAACAAAAGUCCACAAUUAAACCUGUAGAGAAUGACACUUCUAAUAUGAGUGCAGCAUUCCAGGCCCCUGUAUUUGGCUCUCAUUCAACAUUCACUAGUCCCUUCUCAACGUCAGAAAUUUCUCCUAAUAAGAGACCCAUAGACGACACCGCAACAGAACAGCCUGAGAAACGUCACAAAGAGCCUGAAAGUGAUACUGAGGAUGGUCAGGAAGCCUGA